AUGUACGAAGUCUUUGCGAACAAAUGGAUCACGCCGCCGAAGCCUGUCAAUGCUGAUUAUUCUGGAAGGAAUAUCAUCAUUACAGGUGGCACUUCAGGGAUCGGCGAGGAAGCAGCGCUCAAGUUUGCACAAUUGGGCGCAAAGGUCAUUAUCACGGCUCGCAAUGAGAAGAAGGGCGAAGCAACCAAGGCAAGACUGGAGGCUCGACUACAGCAGCCAGGUCAGCUCGAAGUAUGGCAGCUAGACAUGAUGUCCUACGAAAGUGUUGUGGCGUUUGCGAGGCGAGCAAACACACUGGACCAUCUCGACAUCGCAGUGCUGAAUGCUGGCGUAUGGAGAACCAAGUUCUACAAGUCGGACUACGGGUGGGAAGAGGAUCUUCAGGUCAAUACUUUGUCAACGGCUCUCCUCGCGAUGCUCCUCCUCCCGAAAUUGAGGGACUCGAAACGCAUUACUGGGAGGACACCCAUCCUCGAGUUCGUCAACUCUGGCCUCCACCAAAACGCCGUUGUUCCGCCUGAGAUCCGGAGGGAGUCCAAUGUGCUGGGUCGUUACAACCAGCAAGAACAAUUUAAAGAGGGCCACCAGUACAAAUUCUCCAAGGCCUUUCAGAUGUAUGUCGCGACCUUCUUGGCGGACAACAUUUCCUCGGAAGAUGUCAUCAUCACCUCUGUUUGCCCUGGCUGGGUCAAUACCAACCUUGGUCGCGACCACUUCUUCCCUGGUCUUUUCAUCAUAAUAUUUAUCUUCACGUUGCUCUUCAUGAGAACGCCGGCACAGGGAGCGGACAUGAUCCUCUCGGGCACGGCACAGGGAGAGAUGGUACACAACAGGUUCUGGCGACACGACAAGAUCCAACCGAUCCCGCCGUGUCUCAAGGGAGAUGAGAUGAAGGAUCUUGGAAGGAGAGUCUUUGAGGAGAUACUCAUGGCAUUGAGGGGUAGUGGACUGGAUGUGCAAAAAGCUGAGACAGCGAUCGGCUGCAUGCCCAAACCAUCCUUCCGUCGCAAACCCUCUGGUCACGGCGCCUCUUCUCUCCUCCGCUACCUCUUCCCCUUCCCGCAGACUCGAGCACGCGCCCGCGACCGCCUCUCCCGAUUCCGCCACGAGACAUUCCCUUCGCUAAAGCGCCACGCGCAGGCCCGCAUAUACAAAUACAUCGUCUACCGCCAGGCGCAGAAGCUCAAGAAGAAGACGACCAUCCUCCAACGCCUGCGCAGCCGUACCCGCAAGCUUAUAGGCAGCAAUUACCUCGAAAAUGAAGCAAGACUGCGCCGACGCGAGAUAGCAAAGGGUUCUGGAGUCGGAAAAUCUAGCAAAGGAGCCAUGUCGUACCAGGACAACUAUGAGCAACGCGAGAGUGGGGGCCGCAGACGGAAGCUGGCGGGAUAUCUGAAGGCUGCGAAUGAACUUAGACAGACAUACACACAGCAAUAUGCGCCGAGCUGGAGAGGGAAUGAGGAGAACUACAAGUUCGAGGAUGACACGCCGGGAGGAUUUCCGGACGGUGCCGUCGUGCGCAGUGGCGAGGAGGAGAUGAUACUCUUCCCGAGCUACGCCAGGAAACAUAUCAGACGCAAGCCCGAGGCCCAGCCCGGGACUAUACAGGAAGUUGAGGGCACAGGCCGCGAUGCAAGAGACUCGGUAGGCGCCGGAGACGCCGAGUUCUGGAAGAAGCAGUGGGAGGACUACGAGGACGACAAGGCUGUGGUUGACGUCGACGUGCGCGGCUGGAUAUACUCGCCCUUCAAGGGCCAGAUGUCAAGGAAGCAGAGACUCUUCAUCGGUCUCGCACGGCAGCUGGUGGGUAUCCAGGCACCGCCCGCUGGUGCCAAUGAACAGACGUCGGCCACGAGCAGCCGCGACACAAGCCCCGGCCAUACCAUGAUGGAAGGACACCGGGAGCGUCAAGCACAGCGCGACGAGCAGAUGGCCGCACGCGAAGCCGAGCAGAUUCUCCGCAAGGGCGAGAAAGAGGCAGCGGUCGCGGCCAAGGGCGGCUACAGCGAGAAACCAUCCCGAGGCAAUGAUGACGACACUUCGUUGUACCGCACAAACAGCCGUGAGAGUGUACGCACCGUGGAGAGCUUCAAGGCUGGACAGCUCUCACAUGCUACUUCACGCGGCUCUCUCAAAGACGACGAGCACAUUACACCACUGCAGAAGCGAGCAUCAUGGAACCAGCCAGCCGACAUGAAUGCGUCAGAGCUUGCAGAGGCCAACGCACGUCUGAUGGCGCGACUCCGACACUUCCUUGCCGUCCCCAUGGCUAACACGCCGAUUAGUGUCUUCUUCUACAACGAGCAGAUCUCGAAGCAGAGGACUAUAUACACCAACGCCGCAGGGCACUUCAGCAUGUCUGCGGCGUUGGACUUUAUACCUACGCACGUCCGCAUCCUAGCCUCAGACAAGCUGUCAGCAACUGAAGAGGUCAUCGUCACGGACUCGCAGGGUAUUAGUGUCAUAUCUGACAUUGACGAUACAAUCAAGCACUCUGCCAUCAGUAAUGGUGCGCGCGAGAUCUUCCGCAACACCUUCAUCCGGGAGCUGAGUGAUCUUACCAUCGACGGCGUCCGUGAGUGGUAUACCGCAAUGGCUGAGCAAGGCGUGAAAUUCCACUACGUCUCCAAUUCACCGUGGCAGCUAUACCCCGUUAUAUCGAAAUACUUCGCGCUAGCCGGACUGCCGCCGGGCUCUUUCCACCUCAAGCAAUACAGCGGCAUGCUUCAGGGUAUUUUCGAGCCCGUCGCGGAGAGGAAGAAGGUUACGCUGGACAAGAUUGCACGAGACUUUCCAGAACGUAACUUCAUCCUGAUUGGCGAUAGUGGCGAGGCUGACUUGGAGGUGUACACGGACUUUGUCCUCGAGAACCCCGGACGUGUUGCAGCGGUGUUCAUACGCGAUGUUACGACAUCUGACCACGGUGGAUUCUUUGAUCAGUCCAUGGGGCCAAUGCCUGGAAACAGAUCGGCGUCGUCUUCGUCGUCGCCAAGUCGCGCAGGAAGUGCGAGAGCGAGUGCGGCUACGAAAGCGAGACCUGCUUCUGAAGAACACGACCCAGAGCUCAAGGCUGCGAUAGCUGCAUCUCUGCGUGAGAUGGACGAAUAUGACAAGAAGCGGACUCAGUCUACAUCGGCGCAGAGUGAUAGGGACCAUCCUGAGUUGCGUCCAAAGCUUCCUGAGCGUACGUCUGGUCCAACGCCAGAAGUGCACAACCUCAUCGACCUCUCUUCGGACGACGAGCUGGAGCAUUCGCCCGCGAUGCGGCGCCAAACAUCAGCACGCACUCCAACCUCUGCUGUAUCCAAGCCUCCCAUCGCGCCCAAACCGCGCUCCAUCAACACAGAGCAAUCCGACGCGGAGCAAUCUUACGCUGGUAUGGCACGCGAAAAAUUGUGGUCUGUAUACAGCGCUCUGCCCGCCCUGCGCUCCUCCGACGGCUCCGAAGCGCCCGCAUCAGAUUCCAGCAGCGUCCGUCGCGCGCCUCCCCCACCACCUCCUCGCCGCCGCGACAACGCGUCCAGCGCGGUGUCCUACGUCGGCAGCAAAGCGUCGUCAGCAUGGCAACACGCGCCGUCCGUACCGUACCACUCGCGCCCGCAAGUCGCGUCGACACAGACAUCCCAGCCCUUCUCGUCCAGCGCGCGCCAGGGCAUUAAUCGCACGAGCACGGGGUCGACAAUGGGUGCGGGCGGUGCUGGUGGAGGCGAGUAUGGGACGAAGAGGGAGGUGCUGUGGAGGCAGAGGUGGCAGCGCGCUGAGGAGAUUAUGCGCGAGCGGGGGGUGGUGUUGAGGACGUGGAGGGUGGGGAGAGAUGCGAUGGGAGAGGCAGAGAGGAUUAUUAGGGAGGCGGAGAGGAAGAGGGGGAAGUAG